CCAAAAAAACCAACCAAUCAAUCAUGUAUUUCGUCUCUAAAUCAGUGAUUUUCUUUGCAGCAAUCAUUUUGAUAGCUAAUUAUCCAUCAUCGGUUAUUUCUGGACCAACGACCGAACAUCCGAUUGUUGAAAAUGAAGAUGAUUUUGGUUUUGAUGAUGUAUUGAACAUAUUUAAAAAUACUGGUAAAUUAAAUGCACAAAUUGCUAAAAUCAUAGCGGAAACAAUUCGUUUGCUUGAAAUUGAUGAUGAUCAUGUUUUGGUUAGAUGUGCAGCAUUGAAAGCAAAAUUGAUGGCAACAGAAACCGCAAUGAAUAUAAUUAGAUGUCAUAAAGCAGAACGAAAAGAUUCAUUUGAAUGUAAACAUUUACAACGAUUGCUGGAUAAUCUGAAAAGAGAAUUAAAAUAUGCCAACUGUCCAUAAACAUGGUGUUUGUUUGAAUGUUGAA